AUGUUGUGGGUAUAUUUUUCAUCAGAAAUUGACUGGAAAUUCAAGAUUUUCAUGGUUUUUUGACCUAGAAACCUGGAAAUUUCAUGCAUUUUUGAUCUUGUAGGGAAAAAAACCGCUAUUUUAUAUAAGCCUAAGCCCAAGCUUAGGCCGUGACUUAGGCUAACUUUGGGUCUUGCCACGAUUUCGUAACUAUUUGAAAGAUGAGGAGGAAGAAGCUUUUCCCACACUUUACACAAUUUCGCGGUGAAAUUGAAAUCUAUCGAUUUUUUUUUGAAACAAGGAUUCAAGUGGGAUUUUAAAGGAUCAUACAGUAGUCUACAGAAUUACUGUAUGAUCCUUUAAAAAUUCAAAAAUUCUUGGGAUUUGUAUUUAAAGGGAGGUACAGUACUCUCAAUAGUGUUUUACCUUUUUACUCUUUUUAGAUAUUCCAUAAAGGGAUUAGUACUAUAUAUCCUUUAAUUUCCUAUGUACCUUUAAAGGUACCUACAGUACUCUCCUCAAUAGUACUGUACCUCCCUUUAAAAAUGUAUCGAUUUCUGUUAGCCUCCUCGAUAUUUGCUCACUUUUUUUGCCUUUUUUUGAUGCUUGGGUAAAUAAAUAUAGAAAUUUAUAUAUGUAGAAACCUGUUUUUGAACCGGGUAUUUUUAUUGAUUGCUCAGAUUAUACUCGAAUUUUUUCAGAUCAUUUCCCCCCGAAUCCCUCACAUGUUGCUAUAUUUUGCAUAGAAGUUUUGUUGGUUUUUAAUGUGAGUUUGAGGCUGAAAUUCCAGAUUUUUUGGCUGAAAAUCCACAAAAACUCAAAUUUUUGUAGAAUGGGAUGUCUUUUCUCGAAGGAACGGCGAAAUGGAGGCAGUGAACUGGGAAUCGCCGACAGAAUCGAUGUUUCGAGGUGAAUUUUUGGCUGAAAUUUUGAAAAUUUCAGCAAAAUUUACGCUGAAAAUCGAGAUUUUCAUGAAAAAUUGGUCUAGGGACCAUUUUUUGGAGGAUUUUGUCAAGGAGCAGCGCCUAGAGAUCCAGUCUUACAAGGAGAGGCGCCUAGAGAACCCAUAUUUCAAGGAGAGGCGCCUAGAGAACCUUAUUGUCAAGGAGCGGCGCCUAGAGAAUCUCUAUUUCAAGGAGCGGCGCCUAGAGAACCUGAUUGGCAAGGAGCGGCGCCUAGAGAACCUUAUUGUCAAGGAGCGGCGCCUUGAGAACCUAAACACCUAUUUUUCAUCAUUUUUUUGCAGAUUCCAAGUUCCGCCUCAACAAACAGUGUUUCAUGUGAAUAAUGGAGGCGGCGAUGCCACAAUUUCGUUGACCGGCGGAAUGGGCGGCGACAAUACGGCGAAUAUGCCGAGAAAUGGUGAGCAUUUUCGAAUUCCUCGUGAAAAAUAAGCCAGGAAACAUGUUUUCCCGGCUCUCUAGCGUUAAAAUUGACAUAUGGCCGAGUUUUUUGGAUUUCUAGGCCAUGAGGUGGAAAGUUAGGCCAUGGUGAGCUUUCGGCUCGAAAAUAGGUUUUUCUGGGUCAGAAAAUCAUGAGGAAUGUCAUGGAAACAUGUAAAAUCUUUAAAAAUCAUCAGAUAGCCGAGUUUUUUGGAUUUCUCGGCCAUGAGGUGGAAAGUUAGGCCAUGCAAGGAAUUCGGGGUUCAUGGGUGUAUUCUGAAUCAGAAAAUCACGGGGAAGAAGAUGGUAACAUUGAAAAUUUAAAAUACGGUCUAGUUUUGGAUUUCUAGUCCGCCAAUUUGGUUUUCUAGGCCACAACCCAAAAUUAGGCAUUUUUGAUGUUUUCUAGAUCAAAAAAUCGAGAAAAACACAUCUAAAAUGAAUUUUCGACCUAAAAUUUCACGAUUUUCACCCAAAAUUCAAAAUUUGCAGACCGUGAAAUCCUUGUGGCUCUCUACCCCUACGAUUCUCGAGCUGACGGAGAUCUCAGUUUUCAAAAAGGCGAUGCGAUGUAUUUGCUGGACAACAGGUAAGCCACGCCCAUUUUUCUGUGCCCUAUGCAAAAAUGGCGGCAAAAAUCCGCGUUUUUUGAGCUAAAAACGGUUUUUUCACCCGAAUUUAGCCUAACUCUAAGCUCCGCCCCCUAUUUAUCGAUUUUUUGCAGCAAUUGCGAUUGGUGGUACGUUCGACAUCAUCGAACCGGACAAACGGGUUAUGUGCCAAGGAAUUUUGUAGCCCGACAGCAGACAAUUGAGAGUGAAGAGUAGGUUUUUACCCAUUUUCGACGCUAAAUUUGUGAUCUACGCAAAAAACUACCCCCGGACACGGUUUUCUAGCGAAAUUUGACGCAUGGCCUAGAAAACCAAAUUUUGGUUUUCUCGGCCACCAAAAAUUAAGCAACACUUUCCGACGCAGAUUUUCAUGGAGAUCACGAAUAUUCUAGUCUUGAAGAUGGAAACUUUCUAGAAAACUGAAAAAUUUGAAUUUCCCCCGAAAAUCUCACCAUUUUCAGAUGGUACGCCGGAAAAAUCCCGCGGAAUCGAGCGGAACGCCUGGUUUUGUCGUCGAACUUGCCCAAAGGAACAUAUUUGAUCAGAGAACGAGAGGCGGAUGGACGAGAAUUCGCGUUGACGAUUAGAGAUUCAGAUGAUUCCAGAGGAGGAGGUACGGGAUUUUUUCGGGGGUUUGGGACGCGAUUUUUGAAUUCUACGUGAAAAAUUAGGCUAGAAUCAAGUUUUCCCGCGUCUCUAGCUUAAUUUUUGCGUCAUGGCCGAGUUUUUUGGAUUUCUAGGCCAUGAGGUGGAAAGUUAGGCCAUGGUGAGCUUUGGGCUCGAGAAUAGGUUUUUCUGGAGCAGAAUUUCAUGAGGAAUCUCAUGAUGACUAGGAAAACACUUAAAACUCGAAGAUUACUUCAGAAAACUUAAUUAUUCACAAAAAUUAUAUCUAAAAUGCUAUAAAUAGGCAUCAAAUCCCAAUUUCUAGUGAAAAUUCGAGAUCUACGUGAAAAAUUAGGCUAGAAACAAGUUUUCCCGUGUCUCUAGCGCGAUUUUUGCGUCAUGGCCGAGUUUUUUGGAUUUCUAGGCCAUGAGGUGGAAAGUAAGGCCAUGGUGAGCUUUGGAGUUGAGAAUAGGUUUUUCUGGACCAGAAUUUCAUGGGGAAUCUCGUAGUAAUAAUGAAAAUUGUUGAAAAUCAUCAGAAAUUUUGAAAAAAAUCAGAAAAAUGCACAUUUUCCAGGUUCAGUCAAACACUACAAAAUCAAACGUCUCGAUCACGACGCCGGAUUCUUUAUCACAACCCGUCGAACGUUCCGAACUCUCCAAGAACUCGUCAGAUACUACACAGAUAUGGCAGAUGGUCUGUGUUGUCAACUCACCUUCCCGGCUCCACGACUUGCUCCAACUCGACCCGAUUUAUCACACGAUACACAACAAAAUUGGGAAAUUCCCAGAAAUCAGUUGCAUUUGAAGAGGAAGUUGGGAGAUGGUAAUUUUGGCGAAGUUUGGUAUGGAAAAUGGCGAGGAAUUGUCGAGGUGGCAAUUAAAACAAUGAAACCCGGAACUAUGUCACCGGAAGCGUUUUUGCAGUGAGUUUGGCUAAUUUUCAUGGCGAUAUUUGUGAUCUACGCUAAAAAUUAGGUCUAGACAAAGUUCUCACAGGUUUCUAGCUCAAAAUUUGCUCCAUGGCCUAGAAAACCAAUAGUAUUGGUUUUCUAGGCCACGACGAAUUUUGAGCUGGGAACGGAGAUUUGGGGGUGAUUUUCAAUGGGGAACCUGUUAAAAAUAGUGUUGAAGUGGAAAAAUCAACGCGUGGCCUAGAAAUUGGGGAUUUUUUGGUUUUCUAGGCCACAGAAUGGUUUUUCAGUGAAUUUGCCUAAUUUUCAUGAUUAAAUUCGUGAUCUACGCUGAAAAUUAGGCCUAGACGAAGUUGUCGCAGGUUUCUAGCUCAAAAUUUGCUGCGUGGCCUAGAAAACCAAUAGUAUUGGUUUUCUAGGCCACGUCGAAUUUUGAGCUGGGAACGGGGAUUUGGGGGUUAUUUUUGAUGGGGAACAUGUUAAAAAUAGUGUUGAAGUGGAAAAAUCAACGCGUGGCCUAGAAAUUGGGGAUUUUUUGGUUUUCUAGGCCACAGAAUGGUUUUUCAGUGAAUUUGCCUAAUUUUCAUGAUUAAAUUCGUGAUCUACGCUGAAAAUUAGGCCUAGACGAAGUUGUCGCAGGUUUCUAGCUCAAAAUUUGCUGCGUGGCCUAGAAAACCAAUAGUAUUGGUUUUCUAGGCCACGUCGAAUUUUGAGCCAGGAACGGGGAUUUGGGGGUGAUUUUUCAUGGGGAAGCUGUUAAAAUUAGUUGGAAUUUUUGAAAAUGACCCGGUGGCCUAGAAAAUUGAAUUUUUUGGUUUUCUAGGCCACUGAGCGAAUUUGAGCUAGAAAAGUGUGUUCUGGAUCAAUUUUUCCCGAAAAAUCCAAAUUUUCCCCCUAAAAAUCCCGAUUUUUUGCAGAGAAGCUCAAAUUAUGAAACAAUGUGAUCAUCCGAAUCUCGUCAAAUUAUAUGCAGUUUGUACACGUGAAGAGCCUUUUUAUAUUAUCACCGAAUUUAUGAGCAAUGGAUCAUUGUUGCAUUAUUUGAGAAAUGAUGGAAAUACACUGGGAAUUCAGGCAUUGGUUGAUAUGGCUGCACAGGUUGGCUAUUUUGGGGGAAAAUGAGCCAAAAUUUGGGAUUUUUGAGCAAAAAUGAGGUCUGGAGCUCAAAAAAUGAGAUUUGGAGCUUGAAAAUGAAGUCUAGAGCUCAGAAAUUGAGUUUUUGAGCUCGAAAUUAACAUCUGGAGCACAACAUUGACCUCUGGAGCUAAAAAAAUAGCCCUGGACCUAAAAUUCGAGCUCCAGAGCUAGAAAAUCAGUUCUAGAGCUCAACAUUUGGAAUUUUUGAGCAAAAAUGAGGUCUGGAGCUCGAAAAAUGAGCUCUGGAGCUCAAAAAUUGAGUUUUUAAGCUGAAAAUGAGCUUUGGAGCUUAAAAAUGAGCUCUAGACCUCAAAAUUGAUUCUAGAUCUAAAAAAUGAGCUCCAGGGGCUCAAAAUUGUCCUCUAGACCUCAAAAUUGACAUCUGGAGCUUAAAAUUGACUUCUGGAGCUCAAAAUUGACUUCUGGAGCUCAAAAUUGAGCCCUAGACCUAAAAUUCGAGAUCCAGGGCUUGAAAAUCAGUUCUAGAGCUCAAAAAUGAGCCCUAGACCUAAAAUUUGAGCUCCAGAGCUUAAAAAUCAGUUCUAGAGCUCAAAAAUUGAGUUUUUAAGCUCAAAAUUGACUUCUAGAACUCAAAAAUGAGCCCUAGACCUAAAAUUUGAGCUCCAGAGCUUAAAAAUCAGUUCUAGAGCUCAAAAUUGAUUCUAGAUCUAAAAAAUGAGCUCCAGGGGCUCAAAAUUGUCCUCUAGACCUCAAAAUUGACAUCUGGAGCUUAAAAUUGACUUCUGGAGCUCAAAAUUGACUUCUGGAGCUCAAAAUUGAGCCCUAGACCUAAAAUUCGAGAUCCAGGGCUUGAAAAUCAGUUCUAGAGCUCAAAAAUGAGCCCCAGACCUAAAAUUUGAGCUCCAGAGCUUAAAAAUCAGUUCUAGAGCUCAAAAAUUGAGUUUUUAAGCUCAAAAUUGACUUCUAGAACUCAAAAAUGAGCCCUAGACCUAAAAUUCGAGCUCCAGAGCUUGUAAAUCAGUUCUAGAGCUCAAAAAUGACUUCUGGAGCUCAAAAAUGAGCCCUAAACCUAAAAUUUGAGCUCUAGAUCUAAGAAUUGACUUCUGGAGCUCAAAAAUGACCCCCAGACCUGACAUUUGAGCUCCAGGGCUUGAAAAUCAGUUCUAGAGCUCAAAAAUGAGCCCCAAACCUUCAAAAAUCGAUUUUGCAGAUCGCCAACGGUAUGAUGUAUUUGGAGGAGCGAAAAUUGGUGCAUCGAGAUUUGGCGGCGAGAAAUGUGCUAGUUGGUGACAAGAUUUCCGGAGUUCCAGUUGUCAAGGUGAGCAUUUUGACCUAAAAAUCAUGAUUUUUGACCUAAAAUUACCCUAAAAUUAAGGUGUUUAGGUUAAAAUUACCCUAAAAUUAAGGUUUUAAGGUCAAAAUUACCCUAAACUUAGGGUUUUAAGGUCAAAAUUACCCAAAAAUCGUGAAUUUUAAGCUGAAAUUACCCCAAUUUUCUUUCAGGUCGCAGAUUUCGGUUUGGCUCGAAAAUUAAUGGAAGAAGACAUUUAUGAGGCAAGAACUGGCGCGAAAUUCCCAAUUAAAUGGACAUCGCCAGAAGCGGCGACUUGCGGUAACUUCACAGUGAAAAGUGAUGUUUGGUCGUAUGGUAUUCUAUUGUAUGAAAUUAUGACAAAAGGACAGGUUCCGUAUCCAGGUAAAAUUUCACAAAAUUCGAAUUCCUCGUGAAAAAUUAGCCAGGAAACUUGUUUUUUUGGCUUCCCAGCGUCAAAAUUGACACGUGGCCGGGGUUUUUUUUGGUUUUCUAGGUCACAGCGCAAUUUUCACCGAAUUUCAAUGCGAUAUUCGAAUUCCUCGUAAAAAAUUAGCCAGGAAACAUGUUUUUCUGGCUCUCUAGCGUCAAAAUUGACUCAUGGCCGAGUUUUUUGGGUUUCUAGGCCAUGAGGUGGAAAGUUAGGCCAUGACGAGUUUUUAGCUCAAACUAGGUUUUUCUAAAUCAGAAUUUUACGAGGAAUCCUGUAGUUAUGAUGAAAAUUCUUGAAAACCAACAGGUGGCCGAGUUUUUUGGAUUUCUAGGCCAUGAGGUGGAAAGUUAGGCCAUGACGAGCUUUAGGGUUGAAAUAUGUGUUCUAGGGUUAAAAAAUCGAUAGGAAUCUGUUGAAAAUGGGUAGAACUCCUGAAAAUGAAAGCCUGGCCUAGAAAAUUUGGAUUUUUUGGAUUUCUAGGUCAUGAAAAUAGAAAAAAAUGUCUAGGGGUGAAAAAUCAUCAGAAAUUCGAUAAAAAUGCUCAGAACUGCCCAAAAUCAUCCAAAAUUUGAUUCCAGGAAUGCAUAAUCGUGAAGUAGUUGAACAAGUCGAUCUCGGCUACCGUAUGCCAAUGCCACGUGGAUGUCCCGAACAAAUCUACGAAGAAGUUAUGCUAAAAUGUUGGGAUAAAAAUCCGGAUCGUCGACCGACUUUCGACACGCUCUACCACUUUUUCGACGACUAUUUUGUAUCAACUCAACCAAAUUAUGCACCGCCCAGCUCAUAA